UGGACCCGCCUCCCUCCCCUCAGUCCUUCAGCCGCGCAGCCACUGGACGGAAUGGCGGCUAUUUUGGAAUCUGUUCUGUUGAAGAAAGUCGAUAUUAACACGGUCUUGGACUGGCUGAAGAAUGUUGAGGAGGGUACUAAACUGUCAUUUAGUGACUCUAGUGUGACAGUCCACAAACAAGAGUUUGUCCCUUUUCUUUUAAACUUCCUGAGAGAGCAGAGUAGCCAAGCACUAACCCAUGGCCCUGCCACCCCGGCCAAGACCCCCAACCGUCCCAGGGCAGAUGCACGGGCACAAGUCUUCACUGACAGGAGAGGCUCCAGAUCUGUUGCAGGUGUAGAAGCUGGUUCUAGGAGUGCAAGCCGGGUUCAGCUGUUUUCUUUUGUCACACCUGAGUCACCUGGAACUGAGUGCAGUGCUGCUAGUCAGUCAGGGUCCCAGUGUUUGAGUGGGGUCAGCUCCUCCAGCAGCUCCUCCUAUACUCCAGCAUGGAGUCCUGCCUCCAGGCCCCAAGGCUCUGAGCGCCGACCUGGCCAGAGGAUCAGUCUGGGGGACUACAUGGUUUCUCCUCCAGACCUCCAGCACAGCCCCAACCUCCAGUCACAGAAGGGCCGCAGGAGGAGUGGUGGUGGCGGCAGCGGCUUUACAGUGGGAGGACAAGGGAGAUAUGGAGGAGGACGCGGAGGACAUCACAGUGAUGAAAGUGGACGGUGGGAGAGUGGGGGUAGGAGAUCAGGUAGAGGAGGAGGAGGAGGAGGGUAUAGUAGGAUAACUGAGCAUGUUUCACCUCCAUCUGUGGGGAAGCUCAACCUCAACAACUUGGAGGACUUUCCUCCUGUUGGGUCAUCACCAAUUUCACCUGUGGCAUCCAAACCAUCUAGAAGAAUAAACCCAACGCCUGUGAGUGCAGAGCGGCCACACUCCAAACCAAAGACCUGCUUCACCUCCACCCCGUUCCGUAAACCAUCUAGUCCUCCAUCAGGAGUAGAGGCGCUUGAAGGGCUGAUGACAUUGGGAAGUCCUCUGAGCCUGCAGGAAGAGAGGGAGUUACUUAAGAGGGAGAAGUCAAAGCGUGCCCAGCAGGUUAGCUGUCCUCUGCCCUCUUCUCUGGACCCAUGCACCCCUACUAAGGACUCAGGACUUAGGUCAGGAUCUAAAGUUACAGGAGACCUACAAACACCUUGCCCUGAACCAUCCAAAGUCACCUUCUCCUUGGAGCUGGAUCUCCUGGCAGAGUUGUACUGUACCUGCAUUUCAGAAAACCUAGUGCCAAAUAUUUUCCUGGAGCUUUUUUUUGUAAUGCAGUUGCUAACGUCUCGAUGCCCUCACACUCAUGAUGAUGAAGAACAGGAAAGUCUGUCUGCAGUAAAUUCAGUUGUUCUGGAGAGACGUUACCUAAGACAAGUACACAACUGUGUGUAUUUUGCAGUGAAAGUUCUGCGGAAUCAGUUUCAGUUGGUAUCUCAUUUGGACAAGUGUACAUUGCGGCUGUUGGCAGAGAACGAAAGGGUGUCGUCUUUCUGUCCGGAUCUCAGGGACCGUCUCACUCAAGCCCAGGACAGAAGCAUAGCCAAGCUUUCUCCUUCAGUGUCCACUUUCAUCCACUCAGUCCCAUUUCAGCCUGCUACUGACAACAGGUCCAACUUCGGUAGUGACAAGGCCUUCCACACCUUUAAAAAACAGAGGGAUAUUUUUUAUGAGUUGCUGCGAGAAUGGGAGGAUUUUCACAAGGAACCAGGGUGGAACUUUGACACUGCUCUUGGGAGUAGAAUAAGAGGAAUGAUGAGUCAGCUGACCUCUGCAGGAAGUCAUUCUCAUUUUGCUCGUUUGUUCCUGAAACAGCUUAUUCAGAUGUGUAAAGGCCCCAGUGUGAACAGCUCUCCUGGAGACACCCCUGAUGCUGACCUGCUAGGUAUCCUCGGAGCUGACAGCCUGGGGCGCCUGAAGCGCCUUGAGGAGCGUCUCAUUCAGCCUCAUGGAGUCGCUGGGCCCUGCCCUCCUCCAUCCUUUCCCGGUCACCAGGAAUUCUUCAGGGACUUCCUGCAGACAGCGAGUUGCUGCCAGCUGAACCAGCACCUGCAGGACAGCCUGUGUCAGCAGCUCCUCCAGCUGGAUGAGGUGUCCAUCCUGAGCCCUGCUGCUUCCAUCAGGGAGGGAGAGGAGGAGGGAGAUGGGGACAUGGAGCAGCAGGAUGAGAAGCAGCGGUUCGCCUCAGUGUUGCUUCUGGCUCGUCUUCUGGCUAAGUUUCUGGGGUUCAUUUCUUUUCUGCCUUACCAAACAUCGGCGAGACCAUCCAGAGAGAUACAGGAGGCUGCUGUAACACUGCGCAGCAAGAGUGUUCCUGUGCUGGAUGUGUGUGCUGUGCUGAGUAACAGUAUGCGGAGGAGGCGCAUCAUCCUGACUGUGCCCUGGCUGGUGGAGUUCCUUUCCAUGUUGGACUUUAUUGGCCCCAUGCUACUCUGCUAUAGGACUGUGUUGGGCAUGCUGCUUCUCCUCUACAGGAGAAUGCUCCUGGGUAGAUGUGGAGAAAUGUGUUACCUGAACAAGCUAUUAAUGGUGUCUGUGCUGGGCUGGCUGUUCCAGAUUCCUGUGAUUCCUGAGGACAUUUUCUUCACCAGCGAGUUCACCGAGGUGGCUAAGCUGGAGGACAGCAACACAAGUGGUGCAGGACUUGACUGCAUUCCACUAGUGGAUCAGCAGCUUCUCUAUACAUGUUGUCCAUUUCUUGCUGAAUUUCGAAAGCUCCUAGCUGCCUUUGUGUCUGGAAGCACGGCCAAGAGUGGAGGAUUUAUUCGCAAGAUCACUCCCACUUCAGCUGAGCCCAGGGAUACACCAACUGCCAACAGGCUGCAGCAGAAACUACAGGUGGACCUCGAGCAGGCCUUCUUUCACAACCAGCCUCCAUCGUUGCGCCGCACUGUGGAGUUUGUAGCUGAGCGGGUUGGAUCCAAUGCCGUCAAGCAUAUGAAGGCUACAUUAGUCAGUGAGUUGGUGGAGAGGGGAGAGAAGAUGCUGAGAGAAGGACUGGGGUUGCCAAACUCCAAUCCUUCAAAACUGAAUGACUCCAUCUGUGCUCAGCUGUGUGAUGCAGGAUUGGAGGCCCUGGCAAGAGCCACCAGAUUUUGCUGCGAGAAAAGUCCUGAAGCCAUACGAAUUCUGCUCCCUGCUGAGACCUCCCCUGCUGUCCUGAACACAUCUGAAAACAUCACCAAACGUCUUGCGACAGAAAAAGCCUGCAGCUGGCUCUCUGCCAACAUUACAGCGCUCAUAAGGCGAGAGUGGAAGAGCCGGUAUGAUCGUGUGAUGAAGGCUCUGGGAAGCCCAACGCCUCCAGACUUUGGCGAAGUUGAGCUGGUCAUCCAGGAGCAGUCGACUACUCCCAGGAGAAAACAAGGAAGUGAGAAAGUGACAUCCUGCCCUCCACUUUGCAACCACAGCGCUUCACUGCCCUCAGACAUCCUCAUUGAGAUCAAGGAGCUGCUGAGCAUUGCAGUGGGUCCCAGGACUGAGGAGGAGUUGCCAUCUGGCUCUCAGCUCAAAACACUGCUACAGAGAGUGGGAGACACAUUGACCUGCAGAAAGUUUUCAACUGUGUUGUCAGAGCAGAUGCUGCUGAACUUGACUGUCCUACUAGCCUGUAAACUGGUGUCUGCAGAAUUACCGGUGCUGUCUGUGUCAGGGUGCAGCAGAGGUGGUGAGGCUGUUGUGGGUCCUGGUUCAGGGUCAGAGCCUCCUGUUAGGGCGCUGCUGGAGCAGCUUUCUGAGCUGUGGGAGAGAGACUGCUGCUCCUCCGCCCCAGUCCACCUGCUCCUCAGUCCACUUACUGUCACUGCUGUGCUGAAGGGCAGUGACACGGAGUGGAACAACUACCUGUUCCUUGUUAGAAAGCUGGUUGACAGAGGAAUCUUGGGUGAGGACGAGGUCCUAUCUCAUUGGAAGAAGCUAAAAAACUUGGCGUUGCCAGCGGAGCUGAUAGAGAAAUUUCAGCUGCAGUCACAGAGCAUGAAAUCCUCCUCCCCUUUGGCUGAAUUAACAAGUCACUUGGACAUGCUGCAGAUCUCACAUCAGACAGUAGAGGGCACAACAUGACAGCGAUAAUACUGCCCAAAUAAUCCCAGAGCAUCUGUUGAAUGAUCAGCUCUGUCAGUGUGUCAUUCAAAGGGUUGACAGCUCUCCGUCACUUCCCGUUGUUGCCAGUUUUUCCAGUUGCACAUUCUGCACAGGCCAUCAGAGAGAUUCCACAGUCAUCCUCUGCACAGUUCUGCACCUGUUAAGUGCCAGCAGCCUUCUGUGUCCCUUGUAGUCCAUCUUCUCUUUUUCUAAUGUGGCUAUGAAGCCAACCAGAAAGCCCCACCAGUCAGGUGCAGGUAGCUAGGAGUCAUGCCAGUAGCUUUGUUUUUAUAUAAAGACAUUGCCUCAUUAAAAUGUACAAAAAAAAAAUACUUGUACAUGAAAUUGCACCAGACAAACCACAGUCAUAGAUGCUGCUUUAGUCCAGUUCUAAAAAAUGACUGAAAGUGAAGUUUUUCUUAGUUUUAGACCCACCAGAGAAAAUAAAUAUUUAUUACAGUAUAGCACUUUAAAACACUGCCUUUGACCGCCACUACUAGUGAAACGCAUGUUUUGUGAUGAAUGCAACACCGCAUUUGUGUUUGUGGUUUGUUCAUGUUGAACAAGUGCUGUAUUCACUGCUGCUUUUAAAUUGAUUUAUUUUUAUGUAACCGCAAAAUUAAAAAUAUAAUAAAGAUGUA